CUGAUCACUGCGGACCGACAGCAAUAACAUGAGUUCAUCCAUCCACAGGGGGGCGCUCUGUCCUGCCCCGCCCCCCCAAGGAGAGUCACAACACCUGGAUUCCCACAGUGGGUGGGCCCACCUUCAGGACUCUACAGCAGAGCAGCAGCUGGUGCUUCAAGGACCACUUCCACAAACACUGGCUGAGUCUGAGACACUGAAACUGUACAGGGUUCUGUCAUCACAGGGGAACCGUUCUGUCAUCACAGAGGAACCAUUCUGUCAUCACAGAGGAACCGUUCUGUCAUCACAGAGGAACCAUUCUGUCAUCACAGAGGAACCGUUCUGUCAUCACAGGGGAACCGUUCUGUCAUCACAGGGGAACCAUUCUGUCAUCACAGAGGAACCGUUCUGUCAUCACAGAGGAACCGUUCUGUCAUCACAGGGGAACCGUUCUGUCAUCACAGAGGAACCAUUCUGUCAUCACAGAGGAACCGUUCUGUCAUCACAGAGGAACCAUUCUGUCAUCACAGAGGAACCGUUCUGUCAUCACAGGGGAACCGUUCUGUCAUCACAGAGGAACCAUUCUGUCAUCACAGAGGAACCGUUCUGUCAUCACAGAGGAACCAUUCUGUCAUCACAGAGGAACCGUUCUGUCAUCACAGAGGAACCGUUCUGUCAUCACAGAGGAACCAUUCUGUCAUCACAGGGGAACCGUUCUGUCAUCACAGAGGAACCGUUCUGUCAUCACAGAGGAACCGUUCUGUCAUCACAGAGGAACCGUUCUAUCAUUAACCAGGAACCAUUCUGUCAUCACAGAGGAACCGUUCUGUCAUUAACCAGGAACCCUUCUGUCAUCACAGAGGAACGGUUCUGUCAUCACAGAGGAACGGUUCUGUCAUCACAGAGGAACCGUUCUAUCCUUAACCAGGAACCCUUCUGUCAUCACAGAGGAACUGUUCUGUCAUCACAGAGGAACAAUUCUGUCAUCACAGAGGAACCGUUCUAUCAUUAACCAGGAACCGUUCUGUCAUCACAGAGGAACUGUUCUGUCAUCACAGAGGAACCAUUCUGUCAUCACAGAGGAACCGUUCUAUCAUUAACCAGGAACCCUUCUGUCAUCACAGAGGAACUGUUCUGUCAUCACAGAGGAACCGUUCUGUCAUCACAGAGGAACUGUUCUGUCAUCACAGAGGAACCGUUCUGUCAUCACAGAGGAACCGUUCUGUCAUCACAGAGGAACUGUUCUGUCAUCACAGAGGAACCGUUCUAUCAUUAACAAGGAAAGUUCUGACAUCACAGAGGAACUGUUCUCUAAUCACUGAGGAACUGUUCUAAGGAACCGUUCUGUCAGCUGUACUUUAUAAGUCUGUCUGUGAUGCUUCCAGCUCCACGCUUCUCAGUGUGUUCCUCUCUUUACCUCCAGACAUCAGCUGACUGUCGUCCUUGGUUUUCAGUGGUUCCCUUUAGAACAGUUCUAACAGUCAUGGAGUCAGAGAGCAGUUAGUCAUAAAUGUUUAAAAGUCCGUUAUACCAAUUCAAAGUUACCGCCAUGCAGGGACUGACAUAGAUCUGUGGAUCUGGACCCUGGACUGAGUCGCUGUGAGUCCGGCCCUGCUGUGAGCUGCCUGGUGUGUGAAUGUUGAAUGUAAAGCUCUCAGAGUGCCUCCUCUGCACACCUUUCUUUUCUAAGUGCACACUCUUCAUUAAUCGACUUUAUGUUUGUGUUGAACUCGUUCCAGCCUCGCCUCAGGUCUGACCCUCUAAAACCUUCACCCUGGUCCUGACAGGAUUCAGUCUAAUCCACCAGCAGGUGAACAUUGAGUGUCUCCAGUGAGGUUUCUUUAGAAGGACACGGUCUGCAGGCUGUGAUCCACUGGAGAACCAUCACUCACUCUCUGUAACUUCUGCAGGUUGACUGGUUUUAGUAAGCCCUGCGUCUGAGAGGUGAUGAAGCUGAGGUUCAGCUCCUCCUCUUCCUCUUCCUCUUCCUCAUCACCUGUUUGUUUUUUACUUCCUGUAAAUAACCUGAGUGAUGUGAGGCCUCGCCUUUAAAGCCAGCACACGCUGCACAAUCUGACUGUGUGGAACCUCUGAAGCUAACACACUGUGUUCUUUAUUAACUCUACCUGUUGGCCUUAUAUAUCAGACCCUCGUCUGUGACAAUGAUUGUUAUCUGAUCAUGCUGAAUGUAUGUACAACAAUAAACACAUGUGGAUGAUAUGAUG